GUUCACCAUUUUUGGAUAUAUCCCAAGAUUCACUGCAUCAAAUCACUUUGUAAAAAUGCCGCUAGAAACCACCCCUCCAUCCACCACCGUAUGUGUCACCGGAGCAUCCGGCUUCAUCGGGUCAUGGCUCGUCAUGAGACUCCUGGAACGUGGUUACAUUGUUCGUGCAACUGUUCGUGAUCCCGAGAACUUGAAGAAGGUAAAACCCCUAAUAGAGUUACCAAAAGCAGAUACAAACUUGACACUGUGGAAAGCAGACAUGAACAUUGAUGGAAGCUACGACGAAGCAGUCCAAGGUUGUGAAGGGGUGUUUCACAUGGCCACUCCCAUGGAUUUCGAAUCCGAUGAUCCCGAGAAUGAAGUGAUCAAGCCUACAAUUGAUGGGAUGUUGAGCAUAAUGAGAUCAUGCGCCAAAGCCAAAACUGUCAAGAAAAUAAUAUUCACAAACUCAGCUGGGACACUGAAUGUUGAACAACACCAAAAGCCUGCCUAUGAUGAAACAAAUUGGAGUGAUCUGGAAUUCAUAUACUCCAAGAAAAUGACUGGAUGGAUGUACUUUGUGUCUAAAAUCUUGGCAGAGAAAGCAGCCAUGGAAGCAGCUAAAGAGAAUAACAUAAACUUCAUCAGCAUCAUACCACCAGUGGUGGUUGGACCCUUCUUCAUGUCUGCAUUCCCACCUAGCUUAAUCACAGCCCUCUCCCCCAUUACUGGGAAUGAAGCUCACUACUCCAUCAUAAAGCAAGGACAGUUUGUCCAUGUAGAUGAUCUAUGUGAGGCCCAUAUAUUCUUGUUCGAGCACCCUACAGCAGAGGGGAGAUACAUUUGCUCCUCACAUGAUGCAACUAUCUAUGACAUAGCAAAUAUGAUCAGAAAAAAUUGGCCCGAAUACAAUAUCCCCAUUGAGUUUGAAGGCAUUGACAAGGACAUACCUGUGGUGAGUUUCUCCUCCAAGAAACUGGAAGGAAUGGGGUUCUCAUUCAAGUACACAUUAGAGGAAAUGUUUAGAGGAGCCAUUGACAGCUGCAGAGAGAAAGGAUUGCUGCCGUUUUCUACUCAAAUCCACACCAAUGGAGAAAACAAAGAAUCCACUUUGAAUUCCCAGGAAAAACAUACUGGCAUUGACAAUCAAGAAAAAGAGUUGCAUUCUAUAACCAAGGAAAAACACAUGACAGCAGGCGAGAAUGGCAAAUGUGAUUGAAUCUAGAAUGUGCACAACAUCGUGAAGAUGUGUUGGUCUACUGUUUUCAAAUAAGUCGGCGGUUAUUAUGUUGAAUAUCACUCCCUCUCCCCCAUCACCAUCCUACAAGAAUUAAACAAAAACUAUCUUGCAGUGUAAUGAUGCUAUCUUUUAAGCCAUUUCAGUUUUUCAA